CCUAGACUGUUCUGAAUAACUUAUGUCAUUGACAAAGCACUUAACCUAACCCAAUCAAUCCAUGAGAUGCUUGAAUAGAAUUAUGGAAAUCAUCAUGUGAAAUCAUCAAAUAUACACAACCAGCUCUUUUCUAAGGAUUACACAGCAAUUUCUGAUUUGAACAAAAUGGUAAUACAUUACAUCAUAACAACUGUGUUUCUUUGGAUUACCUAUGUGGUCCAAAAUGUACAAACUACACACCCAACAACCAUCCAUGAUAACUGUAUCAUAGGAGCUGGACCAGCAGGCUUACAAAUUGCAUACUUCUUACAUGAAGCAGGCCGUGAUUACAUGAUUUUUGAGCGGUCGAAUGCUUCAGGUGAUUUCUUCAAUUUGUACCCUCGUCAUGGUCAACUGAUUAGUAUUAACAAGAGGUUUACUGGGAAAACGAACAAAGAAUUCAACUUAAGGCAUGACUGGAAUUCCUUACUUAGUCAUGAUGAAAGUUUACUUUUCCGACACUACUCUGAAGAUUUCUUCCCAAAACGUUCAGCAAUGGUGAACUAUCUGCAGGACUUUCAGAAGAAGAUUGGAUUGCGAGUGCAGUUUGAUAGGAACAUCAAUAAUAUUCAGAAAGAUGGCACUACUGGGUUGUUCAGCAUGAAUGAUCAACAUGGAAAUCAAUACAGCUGUAGAUACUUGAUAAUGGCAACUGGACUGUGGUUGCCCAACAUCCCCAUGUAUGAUGGUAUAGAGCAUACUACUGGCUAUGAGAGUGUUUCUACUGAUCCCAGAGACUUCCAGGGCAAGACCAUCAUGAUUCUAGGACAUGGUAAUGCAGCAUUUGAGACGGCUGAUGCCAUAUAUGGGCAUACUAACCUGGUACAUUUGGUUGGGAGUUCUAGAGUGAAGCUAUCAUGGGAGACACAUUAUGUUGGAGAUCUCAGAGGUGUAAACAAUGCUGCACUGGACACAUAUCAGCUCAAGUCCUUGGAUGGGGUGGUUGAAGCAUCCCUCCACAACACAGUUAUUGAAAAGGUUGGGGAUAAAAUCAGGAUCCGCAUCAGGGGAAAUGUGCCUGACAAUGUCGCAGUGAGAGAAGACUAUGAUAUGAUCAUAAGAUGUCUUGGCUUCAAGUUUGAUAAUUCUAUAUUUAACAGGAGUGGUAACGCAAUGCCAUCUCAUGGUCCAGGUAAACGAUCUAAGUUUCCGAAGAUAACUGACAACUAUGAAGUUGAAGGGGUGCCUGAUAUGUAUGUGGCUGGAACAGCAAGUCAUUAUGUGGACUUUAGGAAAUCAGCUGGGGGAUUUAUUCAUGGAUUUAGAUAUACAGCAAAAGCAUUAUUCCGUCUGCUUGAAUGGAGGAAUUAUGGGACAGCCUGGCCUACAGUGCCACCUAUAGGAAUAGGUCAGUUGGUGAAUACAAUAGUGAAAAGGGUGAAUGAGGCUUCUGGUACAUACCAGAUGUUUGACGUCCUGGCUGACAUCAUCUUGUUAAAUAGGACCCAAGAAACAUUUCAAGUGAUAGAAGAAUUUCCACUAAGGUUGCUACCUCAUUUUUACAACAAUACAGGCCACCAAAUAGAUUCAUUCCUAGUAUUGGUGUAUCAAUAUGGAGCAAACUUUUCUGGACCUGGAUCAGACCCCUUCAAACCCAACCGAGCUACAGGAGACCCCUCGAAUGCUCACAAAUCUAACUUCUUACACCCCGUAAUCUACUACUAUGAUAAAGUACCAGCAGUCGAGGAAUUUCAACAUACGAGUGAAGCCAACGUAUUACCACACCCACAGGGGUUGCACCAUAUUGUAGAGGAUUUCCUGACAUCAUGGACCAGCCAGUUAACACACAUCCUCCCAUUAAGAAAAUUUCUACAAGAUUGCCUGGGUACAGACUUGAGACAAUUUAGUUCUGAAUCAUGUCUUAAGAUGGCUCUGACUUCAUUGACAUUACCUGUGCAAUGUAAAGAAAUAAUGGAGCUUGACAUAUAGGCUUAAUUUCAAAAACAUGAAGCACCUCUGUCAAAUUAUCAUUGACUGUGUGGGUUGAAUUGAUUUAUCAAACACAAUUUCCUUAUAACAUGUAAAUAAGUCAAUAAAACCAUAUAAGAUAAAUAAUUCUAAUGAGGAGAAAGUACAUUGUAUUGACAUUU